UCUUCUUCUUUUUCGUUGACGUUGUAUGCUAUAGUCAUUGCUCAGUGUGUAUUGAAAUAUAAAUGUUUAGUAAUGCAAAAGAUCUUGGCAUUCAAUAAGUGCAAAAUGUGAAGAAACGAAUCACAGUAUUUUAUAGCCACAGAAAAACAUUUAAGAAUAACAAAAUACACAGUUCACUCGCUCAUUCUCACGCUCAGGCAAACGCAUAAUAUAGUAUGCAUUGUGCACAGCAUGGAGAGACAAUAACAAAAGCAUUGCUGAAGUAGUUAUCGCAUCGUGAAAUGAUGACGCGCACACGCGAUAUUACCAAUUAUGCGUACAUAUCAGUGACUUUACAUCAGGAGUGUAAACACACUUAAAGCAGAGCAACAGCAACAUCAACAUAAAUUCUUUUAUCGAACACAAUAGCAAGCUAGAAUUUUUGCGCGUAAACCAAAAGCAUUCAACAACCAAAAAAGCCAAAGUGAGGUGGUUUUUCUGUAGUGCUGCGCAAAAUGGAAUGAGUGAAUGAGUGUUUCGUUGGUUAUUCAGUUUAUUCGCCGUAUUCUUUUUCUCUAUAGAGAUGUAUAUAUAUUUCAAUAUCUUGCUUUCUCCCUUGCUCUCGUUCUCUAUCUCUCGCAUUGUGUCGUGCGCGCGGUCGAACAUUCCCCCCUUACCGUUUUCAAUCAAAUCACGUGCUAAAGAAAUACUCUUAUCGGAUUUUGCCAUUUUGUGUUGAUGGAUAAACAAGUGUUGCAUUUGCAUUUUAAUACGGGGAGUAAAUCAAUGGAGCAACUAUAAUUCAAUUUCAGUUUUGUUAUUUUAUCGCACGUCGUUUAAAUCGAUCAAUAUUUUUCUAUGUUGUUGUGUUGUUAUAGAUGAGAAUGUGUGUUAGCCUUUUUGUGUGAACAUUCACUGUGUGUAUCAGUGCCAUUCUUGAUAUCGGGGUAAAUUGAACAUUUGCGACAGUGAAAUUGUAAAUGUGAAUACUGUGUAUCCAGUGUGUAUGUGUGUAUGCAUUAGUGAAUGUUAUUUUAUCCAUUUGAAAUGAAAAUCGGCCUAAUCCUUUUCAUCGGUGGUGUGAACUAUGCCAUUUUGACAACAGCUUUGCUCUUGAAUAUAUUGGACAAUAUCGUCGACAAUGGACUGUACCUGGGUUUUCGAGAUUUUUUCAAUACAACACACAAAGAUUGUGUUUGGCGUAAUACGUUCAAAGAUCACAAACUCUGUACCAAAGACGUUAAAAUUUGGCUAUACUCCAAUGGAGCCGAAGAGUUGAUUAAUCCAACGAAUGACCAAUGGUUGGUGAACUCCAAACACUGGGAUAAACGGAAAGAGAAUAUAAUUUUCAUCCAUGGAUAUGCGGGUGGUGAUAACUCUCCACCAACACUGUUGAUGCGUGACGCUUUCAUACAGAAUGGCCAGUAUAACUUUUUCAUGAUUGAUUAUGGACCGGUCGGAAGGGCUCCUUGUUACGUAUCUCUUGUACAAAACAUCAAAUAUGUCAGUAAUUGUGUGGCAUCUUACCUUCGAAACUUUAUAAAUUCCGGCAUGCAUAAGCGAAGCAUCACAUGUAUUGGACAUUCGAUGGGCGCACAUGGUUGUGGAUUAUUAAGAAGAUACCUUGGUUUUCGCAUUAAUAAAAUUAUUGGUUUGGAUGCUGCACUUCCAUUGAUUUUAAACUCAAACCGAUUGAGUUGGCGUGAUGCUUAUUUAGUACAGACAAUACAAACCAAUGCCGGCUACUAUGGUGAUGUGGGCACAAUCGGUCACUCCGAUGUGUGUGUUAAUAAUGGAAAUAUUCAACCAUUUUGCGCAAAUUCUCAAAAUCCAAAUCUUUGUAGUCAUUUGUAUGCAUUGUGUUUUAUAGCACAAAGUCUGUUUGAUCAUGAGCAUCACAUGCAAGCUAAACGGUGUAAAGCAACAUGCCCUCACUUGAGCAUAUUUCAAAUUGGCCAAUUGCUUCAAAAUCCAUCAGACCACUCAACCAUUAAUGAAAAUACAAUUGGAAGCGAUGCACCCGAGAAUAUAUUGAUUGGCAUGAACAUGUCCAGCAGUGCUCGCGGUUCAUAUUGUUUAUCAGCAGCGGAACGACCGUUUUGUUCAAUGAACAAAAAUAAAAUUGGCAGUCGACGAUGUUGCAGUCUUACUAAUAUGUUUACAUAAAAAUAAAUGCGAAAUCCAUAUGAACGAAAAAUAAACGCACAUUUUAUUUUUA